AUCACUCCGCAAAGACAAAAAAAUAGUGAAGAGAUGGAGAGAUCAAGGUUGCUGUCCCUUACUUUGCUUUGCACUUUGGUCCUUUUUGGAUCUCUAGCUCUCACUCAGGCAAAAAAGUCCAAGGAAGAUUUGAAGGAAGUUACUCACAAAGUUUACUUUGAUGUUGAAAUUGCAGGAAAACCUGCUGGUCGAAUUGUCAUUGGACUCUUUGGAAAGGCAGUUCCCAAAACAGCAGAAAAUUUCCGAGCACUGUGUACAGGGGAGAAAGGUGUUGGAAAGAGUGGGAAAUCUCUCCAUUACAAAGGGAGUGCAUUUCACAGGAUUAUUCCAAACUUCAUGAUACAAGGAGGUGACUUUACACUUGGUGAUGGAAGAGGUGGAGAAUCCAUUUAUGGUGAGAAAUUUGCUGAUGAGAAUUUCAAGCUGAAGCACACUGGACCUGGGCUUUUGUCAAUGGCAAAUGCUGGCCCAGACACCAAUGGUUCACAAUUUUUCAUUACAACUGUGACAACCAGCUGGUUGGAUGGCAAACAUGUUGUAUUUGGAAAGGUACUUUCUGGAAUGGAUGUUGUUUACAAAAUUGAAGCAGAAGGAAGGCAGAGUGGCACACCCAAGAGCAAAGUUGUCAUUGCCGACAGUGGUGAAAUGCCUCUCUAAUUAUUUUGCUCAUGUUCCAGUUGACAUAAAAACUCGGGGUGUCUUGUUAUUCCUGUUUUGUUUAAUUGGGAGUUUUUCCUCUUAAUUAAUUUAAGGUGACAUCAUUUAGCUGAUCAAAGAUCUAUAUUUUACUUGCUCUGUAUUGGUGGC